CCUUCCUUCGCACACCAAGUCCCAACCCCGACUUCCUUUUGGCCUCUUUCUCUCCCCCCCGUUUUUCGCGCCGGCGCGGAAAACACCGCGCGCCCGCCCGCCCUAGAUCCAUCCGCUCUCCCGUCCGUCCUCACCGGAUCCUCCCCUCGCCGCCGUCCCGCCGCCCCGACCUCGGCACCCUCGCGCAGCCGGGAUCCAUCCAGGCGCUCGAUUGACUCCUACUUCCAUUCGCUGGUUCUGGUACUCUGAUAUAUAUUGAAUAUCAGUGGUGUUUACCGAGGAAGGCAGUUCAAGCUUCACUGUUGUUUCAGCGUUUUUACUGAAAUAAUAUUGUUUUCCGUAUCAUGGGAUUUGAAUCCGUAUCACCCCUACCAGAAGACCAUGCAGUGGAUAAGAGUGAGGUUGAGACCUCACAAGCUAUGAGCUGUGAUUCAACAGUCACAGAAAAGGUGGAAAAGAGCCCGAGUGAGAAACCAUUUCUGCUAGUUCUUUUGGAAAAGAAGGAAGACAUAGAAUCCUUUAGUACAACUUGUGAUCUUGAAAAUAUCGCUGAGGCCAUCACUCCUAGGGGAGAUACACUUGAACUGUGCAUCUCUAGUGAGGCUCCAGAUGACAGUCUCUCAUUGGGCUGUGAGACACCACGUGAAAGCAUCUUUGAUCCUUUUGCUCCAGGACCAGAUGUGGCUGCGUGGGCACCAAAGAAGCAAGUGAUUAGAGGUGCAGAAGUUCCUUCGCGCCGGAAGCUAAAUUUUGAUUCAGGUGACUUUCCAGUUAAAAGGUUAAGUUUUGAUUGGAGUGAUUCUGAAGAGGAGGAUGAAUAUCUCCAAGUGAUUCAGAAGAUGAUCCUUGAUCUAAUUAUUUCAGAUAGUCCUCUUGAUCAACAGGAAGAAUCUGAAAAGAUUUUGAUAGAUUCAAGUCUAUAUGAAAGCUGCAAGACACCUGAUUCAAAGCCUCUUCUUACUGGCAUAGCAUCCACAUGCCCAGAUGCACCUUUGAGGCCAUCCCAUAAAUUGUUAAAACUCAGCCCAAGCAUUUGCCGAAAGAUUGACUUUGAUGCAGUCAGCAAUUCAGUCAGUCCAAGAUCUUCAGUCGCUAAAGAAAAUAAUUGAUGAGCCUGCCCCUCUCGGUUGACAAGUGACGAGCUGUGCAUUUUGGGACUGAAUAAUGCAUCCUGAUGAUGUGCCCCGGGAACAGCAUUUGGUACAGUUUUUGGCUGCCUAUCUCACAAUCUCAUGUAACAGUACCCUGUGCCAUUGUGGCAACUUAGCUAACCCUGGACCUCUAGGGAUGAUUGCUGAUGUUAGAGAAGUAGCAAGCAGUUUGAGUUAUACAUGUAAUUUAUCUUUCAUUUUUUUCUUCCUUUUGUUACUGGCCUAGUGGUACCUCCUAGAUUUAUAUGAGUUCAUGUGGUCUCUGACCAUGUGUUUUGUAAAUCUUAAUCUUAAAUGACUAGUUCUGUUUAAUGAAGUAAAUGCACUAGUUCCUUAGUGGUUAAAUUCUUUU